AUGUCUGAACAAAAGCCAGAAACUGAAACUGUUGAAGAGAAGGCUCCAGAGCUUCCAACUUCUGAACCACCAAAGGAUGAAGCCAAGACAGAGGAAGCCCCAGCUGCUCCCGCUGUUGAAGGAGAAGCCGCUGUCCCUGCUGUUGAAGGAGAAGCCGCUGCUCCAGCCGAAGAAAACAAAGAAGAGAAGAAACCUUCUCGCCUUAGGAAGCGUCUGACGCUCAAGUGGGGCAAGAAUCGCGACCAAGCUGAGCCAGUAAAGGAGCCUGAACAACCAGCUGAUCCCAGAGAGAACGCUCUCGCAUGGGUCAACCAACAAAUCCCAGCCGCUGCUCACAAGGUCAACCAUCUUGUACUUCAAUGGGUUCAACAGCUCGCUGUUCCUGAAGAAUCCGAACGCCAAGCUAUCCCUGGCAAGGACGGCCAGGUCACUCGUAAUCAAUUUUUGGCAUUCUUACGUGAUGGUGACAUUCUAACCAAAUUGGCCAACAAGCUUCAGCCAGGAGCAGUCGAAGUCGCAACCGCUGAAGAGGGAGCCGACGUGGUAAAGCAGAAAGAAGUUCAAACCCAGAAUAUUGAAGCCUUCUCUAGCUGGGCUAAAACCAAUCUUGGCAUUGAGGAAUCCAAGGUUCUCACUGCUUCUGAUUUACUCGAGAAAGGAAAAGCUGGAUACCCUGCUGUUUUCGAAACUCUCUGGAAUCUCGGGCUUAAAGCUCAAGAGAAGUUCUCACAAGCCGGCCUCGAUGUUGAUGCCGUUGUUGCUGCCGCCGGAGCUGUUGUUAGAACCAAUAUCAUCGGAAUGAUCCUCUCCUUCUUCCGAAGAUCUCGCCGUCCCUCAGUUGAGAAGAAGGAUGAAGAAAAGACAGAAGAACAAGCUGCCGGAGAUGUAGCUCCAAAUGCACCAGAAGGAGAACAAGUUGAUGAAGUUUGUCAGAAGGUUGAUGCCACAGCAAAUUCCACACCUGCUGUAGCUGCUAAUUAA